UGAAGAGCAGAACUAAUGUGUAGUGAAGUAGUUGCUUGUAGGUCCCUUUUUAGGUGUGGGUAUUUCCUCCUCCUCCCCUCAGAGGAAACUUGGGAAGCUUCAAGGAUUGUUCGUGUCUUCAGUCUUCUUAAACAUUGCCUGUGUUUUCCAGCGACUGCUGCUGCUGUUGCUGUGGGUGCAGGUGUUUCAGUGGUUGCGACUCCAGUGGUUCUGGGAGCAGCAGGCUUCACCUCACUUGGGAUAGCAGCAGGAUCCGUUGCUUCAAGCAUGAUGUCAUAUUCAGCCAUCGCCAACGGAGGAGGGGUGGUAGCAGGUGGCGUGGUGGCUGUCUGUCAAUCUGUUGGUGCAGGUGGUCUGGGCGCUGCCUCUGGAGUUGUGGCUGGUUUAGGAGGUACUUUAGGAGCGCUCCUCUCGUCAUUGUUCUGAAUCAAAAGAAUCUGUGCACACGUGGGCCAACCUAUGAAAAUCAUGACAAUAAAAAAAUAAUAAUAAAUACAA